UGAGAGGAGGAGGAGGAGGAAGAAGAAAAGCUCUGCUCCCGUCUAAUUUCAAAGCUCCUGGAAGGAGAACCAGCUGGAUGUGAGCUCCUCUUCUUCUGGACUCUUUUUCGGUCGCAGCGGACUCGGACAUGUAGAUUUAACCGAGUUUCAGGGCGGACGAAGGAAAGAAAAAGAAAUAAAAAUCUCUCCUUUUUUGUCGUGGGGAUGUCGUUCAACUGAAACUUCAGGAGACACUUUCAAGGAUUCAUUUCGGCCCGAAUCGCUUUCCUUACAGCAGGAUGUGAAUUCAGGAACUUUUCCGGGAGCCGCGGACUAUCGGGAGUUUAUUUGAAACGCAUUUUCUGGAAUAUCGUGAGGAAAAGGCGGCGUGUGGAUUCAGAGGACAGAGAAGCUGCUUCAUGUCAUGAGAGGCUGAAAACCCAACAGGAGAUCGAGGUCAUCAGAGGUCGCUCACUUUGAUCAGGCUCGACUCGUGGACUAAUCCGCCCUUCAGACUGAAGCUGUGAUUAGCCUGAAUUACCAGAAUUUCAUCAGUCAGUCAUGCACUUUUUCAGACAGAUGGAGCGGUGGUGGGCGUGGCGGCUCACCGUGGUUGCCAUGGUGAUUGCUCACCUCAGCCCGUGCCGCGGCAAGGACCCGGAGUUUUCGUCCACCACGCGGAUCAACAACGUGGUGGCGGACCCCGCCACGGGCCGGCUGUACGUCGGCGCGGUCAACCACCUCUACCAGCUGGACGCCGACCUGAAGCUGGAGUCCAGCGACUUAACGGGGCCCAAACUCGACAGCCGGCAGUGCACGCCGCCGAUCAUCGACAAAUCCUGCACGGACGCCCAGGACAUGCCCAACCACAACAAGCUGCUGCUGCUCCACCCGGCCAAGAACCAGCUGGUGGUGUGCGGCAGCCUGUUCAGGGGCCUCUGCUCGCUCAGGAGCCUGAACAACGUGAAGAACGAAGUCUACUUCAACGACAACAAGGGCGAGAAGUCGUACGUGGCGAGCGCCGAUGAGAACGUCUCCGUCGUGGGAGUGAUGUCAUACUACAAGAAAGAUAAAGAAAACCUCACGGUUUUCCUGGUUGCUAAAGGCCAGAGCGUCUUUGACACCAGCAUGAAGCUCAUCUCCACCCGGGUCCUGGAGGAAGUGGGCGACUGGGACGUGUUCGAGAACAUCAUCGAGACGGCGGCGGUCCAGUCCAAUCCCUUCAGCCCGAAGUACGCCCACGACUUCCGCUUCAGCUUCAAAAGCGACGGCUUCGUCUACUUCCUGUUUUCCAGGAAGCUCAACUCACAUUACCACAAGAACUUCACGUUCAUCUCCCGGAUGUGUGAGGAGGAUCACAACUACUACUCGUACACGGAGCUGCAGCUCAACUGCAGCGCCAACAACGAGUUCAGCAAAGUUCUGGCAGCUUUUGUUGGACCAGCAGGCGAAGCUUUGGCUCGGAGUCUGAGCCGGUCCAGUCAGUACGGACCCAUCUCAGCUCAUGACGAAGUUCUGUUCGCCACCUUCAGCGACGAGGGUGACAACUCAGCCAUGUGUAUGUACCCUUUAAAGUUCAUCAACGAACAGAUGUAUAAAGUCAUAUUCGCCUGUUACAACCAGGAGGGCCUCAUCAACAACCAGCUUGCGGUUUAUUCGCCUUAUUCUAAUUCUAAUUCCAAGCCUGAGGAGCUGUGCAGCGGGAAGAAAGGCAAGGAUAAAUGUGGAGCCGAGCAUCUGCCCUCACCGCUGGCCAGUACGGCUGAAUUCGCCUUAAUGGCCGAGCCGUCAUGGAAACGUCAUGUGGGUCACCUGACUGCUGUGGCUGUUGCCGUGGAGAUGGGCCAUGCUGUGGCGUUCCUGGGCACCCCAGACGGAGAGGUGCUGAAGCUGCAUCUGUCGGCUCGACCCGAGGUUUACGGCCAGCCGCUGAGCAGCGCCUCCGGACACAAGGUCAACAAGAACCUGCUGUUCGACUCCAGCCAGCAGCACCUGUACAUCACCACGGAGACAAAGAUCACCAAGGUUCCGGUCCAGACCUGCCAUCUGAUGGCCGACUGCCACUCCUGUGUUCAGAUGAAGGAUCCGUACUGUGGCUGGUGCGUCCUGGAGGGAAGGUGCAGCAGGAAGCAGGACUGCAGCAGGUCAGCAGAGACGAACGUCUGGCUCUGGUCUCCCGACGGGAAGUGCGUUGAGAUCGCAGCCUUCGACCCGCCGAACAUCAGCUGCAAGAAGACGAAGCAGGUGGACAUCAGGGUCCCGUCUCUGCCCCGGCUGAGGAACAGCGACCAACUGCACUGCGUCUUCAAUUCGGUAAAAUCCGACGCCGUGGCGCGUGAAGACGAUCCGACGGUGGUGGUCUGUUCGCUUCCCGACCCUGGAAAAAUCCCGCCCACUGCGGCGCAGCAGGACUUCGUAUCCGUCCCAGUGAAGGUUCUGCUGAACCAAACGGUUGAAGUAACGUCUGGAGAAUAUCACUUCUACAACUGUGCAGCUACCGUUUGGAAGAACCCCAACACACCGUGCAUUUCCUGUGUGACCAGUCAGUGGGGCUGCCAGUGGAACACCAGGGAUCACAGCUGCAGUGAUGAAGACGAAGCUCUGGAUGGUCACAUAGUCAAACCUUCACAGCCGGAAAAUUGUCCUCAGUUUGAGUCUCCGGAGCCGUUGCUGAUCCCUGUCGGCUACAAGAUGCCCAUCGUCUUCCAGGGAAGGAACCUGGACAUCUACGAGGGGAAGAGCUUCACCAUCGGCACGGAGCUGAUGAAGGACACUGAAGAAAGCGUGAUGAAGACUGAGAACUCAAAGUUCACAUUCAACGGUUACCAGUUUGCUUACGACAAGCAGCAGGAGGUGAACAUAUCUUUCCAUAUCAAAGUCCAAGACACGAACAUUAAGAUUGACAGCACGCUGACAGUCACUCUGUACAGCUGCUCAGUGGGAAGAGAGGACUGCAGUCUGUGUAAACACGCCGACGACAAGUACAACUGCGAGUGGUGUGAAGAAAUGAAGUGUGUAUACAAGAAGAUCUGCAAGUUACCAAAACUGGCUCAGUGUCCCAAACCGACUAUCACUGACAUCAUCCCUCGCUUCGGGCCGCUCAACGGCUCAAUCGCAGUGACCAUCAAAGGCUCCAACAUGGGAAUAAAGAAGGAAGACGUGAAAAAGAUCACCGUGGCCGGAGUGAACUGUAAACACCUGGAGGACAGAUACUCUGUCUCCACCAGUGUGGUGUGUGAGAUCGGUCCCAAGCGAACACCGCCGUCUGACCUGCCGCCUGAGCGGACCGAAAGCGGACCGGUGACGGUAGAGGUGGAGGGAAACAGAAGCACAACCUCUGAAAUAAACUUCACGUAUCGGGAUCCUGAUCCAAAGGUCAUUCAUCCAAUGGAGGGUCCUGCAGCUGGAGGAACGAUUAUCACCAUCACCGGAAAAGAUCUGGACACGGCGACCAAAGGCGACGUCACCGUCUCCAUCGGAGGCAUCGCCUGUGAAGUCUUGUCGUUUGGGACGAACAUCACCUGUAAGACCGGCAGUUACACUGCUGCUGCAGCCUUCCCCGUUUCCAUGGCGGUGACGGUGAAGUACGGAGGAAACACGAUCAAAAACCUCCCCAAACCCUUCAAUUACACCGACAACCCAAAGAUCACCAGCUGCACUCCCAACACCAGCUUCGUUUGUGGUGGUCGAAGGAUCGUCGUGAAGGGAACCGGCUUCAAUCUGAUCCAAUCGGCCUUCAUGAAGGUUCUGCUCAACACCAACAACGACUCCACCCAGGAGGUUGGAGAUUUCCUUAACCAGUUCAAGUCGAAGUGUAAAAGUAUGAACGACUCCGUCCUGGAGUGCCACUCUCCAAACGUGAGCAGCCAUGUUGUCAAGAGCGGCAAUUCUGUCGACAUUCAGCUGCACCUGGACAACGUGAAGGAAAACCUGACCUUCAAGUACUACCCUGACCCGACCUUCGAAAUCCAAACCUUUAAAGACCUCACAGCGACCAGCCUCAUCAUCGUCACGGGUCAAGGUUUCUCCAAGGCCAUCACCAUCAGCGAAGCCAAGGCCUCCAUACAAGGCGUACCGUGUAACAUCAAACUCCUGCAGGACGAUAAGUUGAUCCUGGAAGCUCCUUCUUCUCCUCCGACACCCAAAUCCAAAUCCCAGAGCGCAGAAACGGCCGACGACAUGCUGGAUCUGGUGGUGCAGUUUGGUAACGGCAGGUGGACGGCAGGAAAAGUUCAGUUCACCAGGAAAGAAAACAUUCCUCUGGCUAUAAUCAUCCCAGCCGUGAUCGUCCCCAUGCUGGUUUUCAUCGCCAUUUCCAUCUACUGCUACAGGAGGAAGAGUCAGCAGGCGGAGCGGGAAUACGAGAAGGUGAAACAUCAACUGGAGAAUCUGGAGGAAAGUGUUCGAGAUCGCUGCAAGAAAGAGUUCACAGAUCUGAUGAUUGAAAUGGAGGACCACACCAGUGACCUCAGUGAAGGUCGAAUCCCUUUCCUGGACUACAAAACGUACACGGACCGAAACUUCUUCCUGUCGUCCAAAGAAGGCGAUAACGACCCCAUGAUCACUGGGAAAAUACAAAUCCCAGAAUCCCGCAGGGCUACUGUGACUCAGGCACUCAAUCAGUUCUCCAACCUGCUGAACAGCAAACCUUUUCUCAUCAACUUUAUUCGCACAUUGGAGAGCCGUUCGGACUUUAACGCCCGGUCUCGGGGAAACUUCGCCUCCCUCCUGACGGUGGCGCUGCACGGGAAGCUGGAGUAUUACACGGACAUCAUGAGGACGCUGCUGCUGGAGCUGAUGGACGAACACGUCCAGAAUAAAAACCCCAAACUGAUGCUGAGGAGGUCAGAGACGGUGGUGGAGAGGAUGCUCUGCAACUGGAUGUCCAUCUGCCUGUACCAGUUCCUCAGGGAUACGGCCGGAGAGCCGUUAUACAAACUGUACAAGGCCUUAAAGCACCAGGUGGAGAAAGGUCCGGUGGACGCCAGGCUGAAGAAAGCCAAGUACACGCUGAACGACACGGGGCUGCUGGGAGACGACGUCGAGUACGCCGCACUGAAUCUGCAGGUGCUGGUUCACGGCGAGGGACCAGACGUGACGCCUGUCAAGGUGCUGAACUGCGACACCAUCACCCAGGUGAAGGAGAAGAUCAUUGAUCAGGUGUACAGGAACCUGCCGUAUUCACAGAGACCAAAAGCAGAAGGCGUCGCGUUGGAGUGGCGCCCCGGAUCCACGGGUCAGAUUCUGUCCGACAUGGACCUGACAUCGCAGACAGAGGGGCGCUGGAAGCGGCUCAACACGCUGGCCCAUUACAACGUUCGGGACAACGCCACGUUGGUUCUGUCCAGAGUUUUGCACACGCAGUCGUUCCACCAGCACCAGGACAGCCACGAUGAGAAAAACGCGCUGCUGGAGGACGACAACACGUUCCACCUGGUGAGGCCGACGGACGAGAUCGACGAGGUGAAGUCGAAGCGCGGCAGCAUGAAGGACAAGGCCAUGACCAAAGCCAUCACAGAGAUCUACCUGACCCGGCUGCUGUCCGUCAAGGGCACCUUGCAGCAGUUUGUGGAUAAUUUCUUCCGCAGCGUCCUUUGCACCAGCUCUGCCGUUCCUCCGGCCGUCAAAUACUUCUUUGACUUCUUGGACGAACAGGCAGAGAGACACGACAACGUGGACGAGGAAACGCUGCACAUCUGGAAGACCAACAGCCUGCCGAUGCGGUUCUGGGUGAACAUCCUGAGGAACCCGCAGUUCAUCCUGGACGUUCACGUGACGGAGGUGGUGGACGCGUCGCUGCACGUCAUCGGCCAGACCUUCAUGGACGCCUGCAGCAAAACGGAGCACAAGCUCAGCAGAGAGUCUCCUAGCAACAAGCUGCUCUACGCAAAAGAGAUUUCCACGUAUAAGAAGAUGGUUGACGAUUAUUAUGUAGGCAUCAGGCAGAUGGUUCCAGUCAGCGACCAGGACAUGAACACACACCUGGCCGAAGUGUCCCGGCAACACACAGACAAGCUGAACACCCAGUUGGCCUUACACCAGCUCUACCAGUACGCCAGCAAAUACUUCGACCUGAUCAUCCAGUCUCUGGACGAGGACCCGGCCGCCCAGAACAGGCAGCUGACGCUCCGCCUGCAGCAGGUCGCCGCCGCCCUGGAGAACAAAGUCACUGACCUCUGACCUCACCCAGGGGGCGGGGCUUCUUUUUCUAUUGUGAGCGUACGAACUCAUGUGAAUGUCUGGAGAGUAGCUAGCAGAGCCAGAAGAGACGAAUUUCCACUCAGCGCCCAAAACAAGCAAAAAGAAAACGUCUUUUUGAAAUUCACCAAAAGUUGAAGAAAAUCCAAGUGAAGUGAAAAAAUGUUUUGUUUUUGGGACGUUUUGAUUGGACAUUCAGCUGCUCUUGGAUUGUUUCCAUCUGUUUUUCUACUGGACGGUACGGAGGCCCGGCGGGUCCAGAUGUUCGAAACAUCAGCCACUUUCUUUAGUUUUAUUUUUAUGUUUUCUGUUUGAAUCCUGAGUUUCUGCUUCUGGGUCACCAGAAACCAACAGCUGCAUUUAUUUCACGUUCAGGAAGUUAGUUGGAGAAAAUCUACUUUAAAAACGCACCAAAGUCCAGAAAAUCUGAAAAGUGAAAUAAGUUGCGUAUUAUAUCAUUUAAAAAUCAUGCGACAUAAACAAAUUGAACUGGUUUAGAGAUAAACUAGAUUCACAUUUGUGAAGAAAAUGUUUAAAAUUGUAAUAUUUCUGUUGUAGUAGCGCUUUUCCACCACUGGGAGUGCUGUUCACAACUUAGUUUCCUUCUGAAUUGUUGCACAACCAACUUAAAAAGGUACUGAUUAGUUUUUUUAAUCAGAUGAAUCUUGACUUUCCUGAUCAUUAUCUUCAAUUUAUUUAUUAAUUCAUUCAUUUAUAACUCAUUUUUCUGGUUCCGCAUGAAAUAAUUUAUAUAUUUUGAGCUAAAAAUCUCAAAUACUGAGAGCUGGUUGGUGGAAAAGUCGGUCGAUUUCAGUAAUUUUCAGUAAAUUCAUAAAACAAACAGAAAAUGAAAGUUGACAGUGGUUGGUUUAAACCCCGCCCCCUUAAACGCCCGCCCUGCUCUGAUUGGACAGCAGCAGUGGUCUGAUCAGGCUCCGCCCACUGGACCCGACUAUUAUACUAAUCAUGAUAAAUGCUUUCAUUUCAGGUCAAAUUGAGAAAAUAUAAAUGAAAAUACGCAAAAUUUAAUGAGUUGAACUUGUUACACACAUCAUGACAUAAACUCCAAAAUGUUUUUUAUAUUAAACAUCGUAUCAAAUCUGUAAACCAUCGCAGCUUUUCUCAAACUUUCACUGAAGCCACUUUGGUGCCAAAUGUUCUGAAUCUAGGAUAUAUUUGAGUCUAAGAGGAUUUUCGGUACUUUUCCGAUUAAAACAAAUGUGAAACUUUAGCGGCCGUGUCGUUGACGAAGCGUCUAGACGGAGCGUCUGGACGAAACGUCUGGACGGAGCGUCUGGACGGAGCGUCUGGACGGAGCGUCUGGACGGAGCGUCUGGACGGAGCGUCUGGACGGAGCGUCUGGACGGAGCGUCUGGACGGAGCGUCUGGACGGAGCGUCUGGACGGAGCGUCUGGACGGAGCGUCUGGACGAACUCUUGCUUUGGUGUUUUUAUGUUUGAAACAUUUUGCAGCCUUCGUGGAUGAACAAUAUGUCCGCCUCUGCCGACGCUUGCUUCUGUCUGCCUUCUCUUUGCCACCAGCGAGUGCCUUAAAGAGUUGAAGUGAAAGGAACAAACCGACCAGAACCGGACCACAGAACCAGACCACAGAACUGAAUGUUUCAGCCGUUUAAGUCGAGACUUGGCACUAACUGAAACAAGAACAAAAAUUGAGACAAAAAGUUUUAUGCUAGCAGUUGUUUUUUUCUGACAAAAAUGUUUGAAUUGGAUCAAAAAAUCUCUAAAAUUAAAUGUUGGAUGUUUAGAAGAACCAAAUAAAUUGAUCCAGAACUACUUCUGUAGAUUCUGAUUUGCGUUCAGAAAAACAAAAUUUGGACAAAAAAAGUUUUUGUCAAUCCUCAGAAACAUGUUUAUAAUCUGCCUGGAGGCCUUUUUUCAGAUUUCUAGACAGCGACCCGGUUCUUGUCCGACCCGAUCCCUCAGUUUUCACCACCGUCUCUCAGAGGAUUUUUUGUUUCUGGGCGACAGAAAUUGUGAAACUGUCCCUUUAAAUUCUUGUCCUGACCCAAAUUCGAUCAACUCCAGUUUGUUUCAGGCAGAAACAGAAACUCAAAUGUGAACUUUGCUGCCAAAUGUUCUGAUCGUCUGGGUUCUGCUGGACCCGAGUCGAGGACCUUUGGGUUUGUGUGUUAGAAUAUGUUGAAGAACAUUAAGGCCCACGUGAAUAAGUCCAAAUGUUUCUUCGUCCCGAAGCCCGAUCCAGUAACGGACAUUAAAGCCAGCGUUGCUGUUGGUUACGGUUGUGAAGCGACGGCAGGAAUGGUUUGGAUGGACCAAGCUUUAGACUGGAAUGGACUCGAAUGGGACGAGAUGUUACCAGAACGGGUCUGAACUGGACUGAAGCCCAAAUCUGUUACUCUUCUGCUGAAGUGGGAAAAAAAUCCAGAUAUAGGAAGUCCAAAUAUCCAAUAAAGUAUGUUUAUACAAAUGAAA